AUGGCUCGCGUGCAGACGGAGAGCCUGGAGAGCGCGACAAGAUCGGGCAUCGGAAUAGGUUUGGACUACCUCCGCCAAGAGUUCAUGGCCACCGUGCAACAAGCGCGGGUGGCGCGGCACGAGGACACCCCAAGCAUGUCGUCCUGUGGAUACGUCGGGGAGGUCAUGCUACCUUCAGGAGCCCUCCCACGUCAGGCUGAGAGCGACUUCAUGGCCGGCUCGCCCUCCGGACACACCUCCUCAGUGUCGCCGGGGAGCGCCGCCCUCGCCGAGGUUGCGCAGUCUGGCUUGCAGACGGUCAUGGCCGAGGUUGUGGAAGCUGAGGGGUGGGCUGCGCUCGCGCUCAAUGUCCAGUGCGAGCAAGCAGCCUCAGCUGCAGACCCUGCCCUGGCAGUCUCUCGAGUUGACGACGAGCCUCUGCACCUCUCAGACUUGCCCCUGCCGCACUUGCCCCCGCCGCAGGACUCGCCAGCCGAGCCGCUGCCGGCCAGCACCAUCCCCUCGCACAACAGCACGAGCCUGCUCGCGGAGCUUGCCUCGAAAGACAUCGCAGACAUACUCUCUGUUAUGAGACUGGGUCCCGGCUCCUGUGCAAGCAGCGCAGUGUCUGACCAGGUCGCCGACGAAAGCCGGCGGCCGGAAGAUGAGUCGCAGCCGGAAGCUCCAACGCUCAGAUCCCAGGACCCGCCUCCAGAAGUCCGCCCGGGCCUCCUUCACCCGCAGGCGUUGGCUGACGAGAAAGAAAAAGGCUGCCGGGCAGUGUCGGGCGAGCUCCUGAAUGGUUGGGAUGCCUGGAACGGCUUCACGACGCCGCAGCCUUACGCGCGGCCGAAGUCCGCGCCCGCAAAGCCACGUGGCGACCAAGGCCAUGCUGCUGCUGGCCAGAGCGAGCCCAGCUUCAUCGUGUCUCACCGCAUCCAGCAGCAGCAGAUUCAACGUGGCCAGCUGUGGAUCGAGGAGAUGCGCCGUGAGCGCGUGGAGGGCGAACGGAAGGCUAGCUUGGCCAAGGAGAAGGCGCAGCAGGAGGCGCACCAGGCUGCACACCGCGAGGUGCGCCGGGCACUGGCGCAGGCCCAGCAGCGGCAGGAGCCGGAGCAUGCGGAGGGCCUUCGGCGCAAGAGCGUCUCCUUUGGGAGGGACCUCCCCGAGCCCUCCGCGGAGACUGUCGAGGAGGCGCCGAAGCGGCGACCCAGCAUCCUCAAGUCCAGCUCCUUCUGCAGCCAAACUGCCAGCUACGAGGAGAGGCUCUUGGAUGCCCGGACGACAGCUGCACGCACCGACCGACGGCACAGUACAGAGAGCUGCCUCCGUUUUCAAGGUGCGGCGCGGCUGUCCUGCGACACGCAAGGUGGCGACUCGCCGCUCAGCCUCACGGCUCUCCGCACCGUGCGGAAGGAUGACGAAGCCAUGGCGAAAGCUGCUCAGGAGGCGCACGAGCGAGCAGCAGAAGCAAAGAAGGAGAAGGCCAUUCAGGAGGCGGUCGAGGAGGCGAAGCGCGCCCAAGAGGAACGGGAGCGAGCCCACCAGGCGGCCGCGGCGGCGAGGCGAGCCCAAGAGGAGCGGGAGCGAGCCCACCAGGCGGCUGUGGCGGCGAGGCGAGCCCAAGAGGAGCGGGAGCGAGCCCACCAGGCCGCGGAGGCGGCGAGGCGCGCAGAAGAGGAGCGGGAGCGAGCCCGCCAAGCCCACGAGGCGGCCGAGGCGGCGAAGCGCGCCCAAGAGGAGCGGGAGAGAGCCCACCAGGCGGCCGAGGCGGCCGAGGCGGCGAAGCGCGCCCAAGAGGAGCGGGAGCGCGCCCACCAGGAGAAGCACAGGAAGGAGGCGGUGGCAGCCGGCGAGAAGGUCAAUGAGACGACCAUCGAGGAGAGCUUCCCCCAUCCCUCCACACUCCAGGAACCAUCUCCUGAGGAGCCAGUUCCUCUUCAGGGUACGGCGUGGCCUCACUCGUCGCUGGCGAAGCUGCAUGCAGUGAGCCUUGGGGAGGAGAUUUCCUGGAACAGAGCUGGCAUGGCGGGUGCAGCGGGUGCGGCGCCGAAGGUCAAGGCGGAUCCGGCCCCUCCUCCAGCCACUCGGGCCCUUCGCACGCCGCUCCAGAUUUCCAAAUCCACCGACAAAAGGCCGCCACACCCUGUCCCUCCAAGCAGCACCUCCUCUCAAGAGUCUGGGCCCAGGGGAGGUGUGGACGCCUUAGAGGCCGAGGACGAUGGCUUGGGAGCUGCUCAUUUCUGCAUCCGGGGUUCUGCAGACUCCGCGCAGCCGGUUGAGCUUGCCAAGGCAGUGGCUGCGAAGAACCAAGCGUCCGAGGUGGCACAGCCCAGGUUCUUCACUGAGGGCUCUGUGGAGCUGUCCCCUUCGAAGGGCCAGAGCCAGAGCACGGCGCGGAGCGGAAAGGAUUCUUGGCAGGACCCGGACCUCCCGGAAGCUCCGGGCGUCCAGCCGCUGCCAACAUCGCCGCCGCAGCGCGGGAAGCAACCGUGUGGUGCAGGCCCUCCGAAGGAGUGCGGCCACCCGCCCGCGAGCAAGACGCCGCAGGCACGGCAGAUGUUGUCAGUUUGA